AUGCUAAUAACAUUAUUAUGGUUACCAAUACUUCCGGUAGUAUCAUCAUCUCCCUUCCAAUGUUAUUCAUGUGGUGUAUUUUUGAGUGCUCCAACAGCAACCUGUAAAGGUGAACCAAAAAAAAUAAACUGUACUGGUAGUGGAAUUCGGAAUGGUUGCAUUUCAGUUACUGCAUUAAACACGGAUGGUUCAUAUUAUGUUGAAAAACGUUGUGCAGAUUCCGAAGAGAGAAAGCUCAAGGAUGGCGAAUGUGUGAAUAUGAAUAUCUGGAAGUAA